AUGAGCACAGAUGGUGUGGAACACUCAGAGGCUCAACAUGAACAAGCAGGUAAGGAUAGGACCGCCAGUUGCACAUCCCUGAGCCAUGAUGUUAUCCAGAGCGCUACUUCCUGUGUAGGCCUAUUCUUAGAAACAAAAGACAUUGAACAAAGACAAAUCAAAACAGAGGACCUCAACGACUCUCUCCAUGCAGUCUCAUCACGCAAAACAUGUCUCCCGACACAAGGAUCCCCAAUACCUGGAGUCCAGGCAGGCCAGCUGUCAGUGGAGCUCCCCUCCCUCCACACGAUGCCGCAGCUGGUGCUUAUGUCAGGCUCUCACCACCUCUCACCCCCCUCCUCCUUCCUCCUCUCACAGACACAACACACGGGGCAUCAAGCACUUCUGCAGCAGAACCUACACGGCUUUCCCACCCAGAGCCAGUCAGGUCUCCUCCAGCACCAGCCUGGGUUAGCACUAACACCUCAGGCCAUGAGUCGGUCGGGCCUGACGUCGUCGUCCAUGGAAGGACACGUGGACAUGUCCCACCUGCAGGUCCCCAAACACAUCGGGGCCUCCCAGCAGGACGAUCCCAGCGACCUAGAGGAGCUGGAACAGUUUGCCAAGGCCUUCAAACAGAGACGCAUCAAACUGGGCUUCACCCAGGGUGAUGUAGGCCUGGAUAUGGGGAAACUGUAUGGGAAUGACUUCAGUCAGACUACCAUCUCCCGCUUCGAGGCACUCAACCUGAGCUUCAAAAAUAUGUGCAAGUUGAAGCCGCUACUGGAGAAGUGGCUGAGCGACGCAGAGAAUUCUCCCUCUGACUCUAUGGCCAACGUAGCCUCUCUGCCCCCCCUGAUGGAAGGCUAUGGAAGGAAAAGGAAAAAGAGAACAAGCAUUGAAACCAACAUCAAGUUCACCCUGGAGAAACGCUUUCUUGUCAACCCCAAGCCUAACUCAGAGGAGAUCACGCUGAUCUCAGAGCAGCUGUCUAUGGAGAAGGAGGUGGUGCGGGUGUGGUUCUGUAACCGUAGACAGAAGGAAAAGAGGAUCUACUGCCCUGUGUCCACCUCACCCAUGAAAUCACAUAACUUCAACAACAGAAUGUCUUCAUGUAACACCCUGUUUCAGGCCUCCACGUCCAGAUCAUACAGCCCUCUUGCUUCAGGAGGAGUGUCAUCGAGUCCUUCUCCUAAUAGUCCUAGUCAUGGACCUUCGCUCGGCACCUUCUCGUCUGGCUCCACUGCUUUGACCUCCCAGGUCAACCAAUCCUUCAGCUCACCAGGGUCGUGGUAUCGCACAUGGAACCCUAUGCCCUAUCACCACUGACAAAUCCUGCCUGUUGUGGAAGAGAACUAAAACUACCGAUGUCAAUGAAGGGAAACAGAAAUGGAUACAAUCCAUCAGACACACAUAAUGUCAAAUGUCAUAUACAAUACUUGGUCCCGCUUUAAAUGAUGUUCAAAUUAUAAACGCUUCAUGAUGCCUUCAUAAGCACUACAUAAAUGUGUUGCAAAGUAUCUUUAACUGUACGUCAUGGUUUA